AUGCCUUCUAUGAGUGGUACAUCAUGUGGUGCAAUGGGGCUGACAUUGCUGAGUCAGACCGGUGCAAGCAACGACGGUUUGUUUACAUCUAUGAAGAGCGAUGGCAAUCUGUUGUUCAAAUGCGGCAUACAUCUCAACAUGCCAGGUUCCGCUCUGUCACGCACACCUUCGGAGAGGACUUUGUUGACAUCAUCAAAGCCAAGGUCCAACCAUCCCGGCGCCGUGAACUCCGGGCAGAAGUGCUUGAGGGGGGCCCACAAUUGGCAAAAGUACUAUGACCAGUAUGGGGUUUCUAUUUCUGGCCUCGUUCCAAACCCUAAAGGUCAAGAAACGGAAGUCAAUCAUUGCUGGCGGUUCAUUCGGAGAGCUGACCUACCACUCUAUGAUGACAAGUCUGGAGAUUCAUGGUCUCCAACAGAAAUUCCUGAUGAAGUCUACAACUGCUCUGAGACUGAUUGUGUGCUUUUGGUCAAGCAGUUGGUCAACUCUGAAUCUUUGUCGCAGCCACCUACAGUAUGCCUCCCCGGGGACUUUGGUAAGCGAUUGAAAGCUCCCUUGGAGGGCCUUCCCAGGAAUUUGGUUUCAGACCGUGCCAAGAAAGAGUUCCUGAAAACAGCUGAUGUGGUGGAGAAGGAGCCCUGGAACCUUCACCGUGCAGCUGGUGCUUUGCGGCACUGGGACCAGAAUGACCGACAAGAAUGGCCUUGUAUUCCUGAGCCACAGUGGUGGUUUGCGUCCAGGACAAGACCACUUGGUUUGGUCCCCAAUCCUGAAGGGUGGCAUCGAUUUGCCCCGGGACCAGUUCGUGCUGUCAUUGUUGAGAAAGCCAAGCCCAAGCCUGCUCCUGGUCCAAAGGGUGAGCCCAAGAGGCGUGGCCGAAAGCGAAAGAGUGAAGUUGAAGGUGAGUCGGGUGAUGCUAGGGGAGCAGAGGAAAUCUUUGAUGGGCGAUCGAAUGUGGCCAGGAUUUCCCCCCCACCUCCACCAGGACCAGAUGAAUCCCUUUUUGAAGUGGAAGAGUCAGCAGAGCCCAUCCCUACAAGAGCCACCUUUGCUGGACGGAGCAGGCCAAAGGCUGAACAGGGCCAGCGUGACUUUGAUCAACGGCGCCAGAUGUACUAUUCAAUGGUUCCAUCCAGCUUUUGGAAGGAUCAUUUUGAAAGGCAGUAUUGGGUCAAAUGCUCCCAAUGUCCCACGAUUGAUGAUGCUAUCGCCAGUUUCUUAGAUGAUAUUGGUGUGAAACCUCAGCCACCCAGCUCUCGGCCUGCAGCCAGGGCUCCAAAGGCUCAGGCGAAGGGAAAGGCAGCGGCAAAGCCAAAGGCUAAAGCCAAUCCUGGUCGUGGACGAUCUCGAGGGCGUGGGCGUGGGUGUGGGCGGGGCUUGCCUGUCCGCUGA